GGCUGGCCGGGGCCGCAUGAGGGACCGGCCGCUGCAGCUGUCGCCGCCGCUGUUUCUGGGACGGGGACGGGGCUGCGCUUUUGGCGCCGGCGCCAUCAUGGUGAAGGAGCAGUUUCGCGAGACUGACGUGGCCAAGAAGAUAAGCCACAUCUGCUUUGGGAUGAAAUCAGCUGAAGAGAUGAGGCAGCAGGCUCACAUCCAGGUGGUCAGUAAGAACCUUUACAGUCAAGACAACAACCACUCUCCUCUACUCCAUGGCGUACUGGACCACCGUAUGGGCACAAGUGAAAAAGAUCGUCCGUGCGAAACCUGCGGAAAGAACCUGGCGGAGUGUUUGGGGCAUUAUGGCUACAUUGAUCUGCAGUUACCUUGUUUCCACGUGGGGUACUUCAAAGCUGUGAUAAGUAUUUUACAGAUGAUUUGCAAGACUUGUUGCCGUAUCAUGCUGGCUGCCGAAGAACGGAAACAGUUUUUAGAUUAUCUGAAGAGGCCCGGCUUGACUUACCUCCAGAAGCGGGGCCUGAAGAAAAAGAUCUCGGAGAAGUGCCGGAAAAAGAAUACCUGCCCUGGCUGUGGGUCCUUCAAUGGUACAGUAAAGAAGUGUGGCUUGCUAAAGAUAAUCCAUGAGAAAUACAAGACCACAAAGAAGAUAGUGGAUCCCAUUGUGUCUACCUUCAUACAGUCUUUCGACACGGCCAUAGAACAUAAUAAAGAAAUUGAAUCCUUGCUGUCAAAAGCCCAGGAGAAUUUGAAUCCCUUGGCGGUGCUGAAUCUCUUCAAGAGGAUACCUGCUGAAGACAUCCCACUGCUUUUGAUGAAUCCAGAAUCAGGCAAGCCUUCUGACUUGAUCCUGACCCGGCUGUUGGUUCCCCCGCUGUGCAUUAGGCCCUCUGUGGUGAGCGACUUAAAAUCGGGCACCAACGAGGACGACUUAACAAUGAAGCUGACGGAAAUCAUUUUCCUCAAUGAUGUGAUCAAAAAGCAUAGGAUUUCAGGAGCCAAAACCCAGAUGAUAAUGGAGGAUUGGGAUUUCCUGCAGCUCCAGUGUGCUCUCUAUAUUAAUAGCGAACUCUCCGGCAUUCCUCUCAACAUGGCACCCAAGAAGUGGACGAGAGGCUUCGUCCAAAGGCUGAAAGGAAAGCAGGGUCGGUUCAGAGGAAACUUAUCCGGAAAGCGUGUGGAUUUCUCAGGCAGAACAGUGAUUUCACCCGACCCCAACUUGCGAAUAGAUGAAGUGGCUGUACCUAUUCACGUUGCCAAAAUACUAACAUUUCCUGAGAAGGUGAACAAAGCUAACAUUGAUCUGAUGAGGAAGCUGGUUCAGAAUGGUCCAGAACUUCAUCCUGGAGCCAACUUCAUCCAGCAGAGGCACACCCCGAUGAAAAGGUAUUUGAGAUAUGGAAACCGGGAGAAGAUGGCUCAAGAGCUGAAGUACGGGGAUGUUGUCGAGAGGCAUCUCAUAGACGGGGACAUCGUCCUCUUCAAUCGGCAGCCCUCUUUGCACAAGCUGAGCAUCAUGGCUCAUAUUGCUCGAGUAAAACCUCACCGGACUUUCCGAUUUAAUGAGUGUGUCUGUACUCCGUACAAUGCUGAUUUUGACGGUGACGAGAUGAACCUUCAUCUUCCUCAGACAGAGGAGGCCAAAGCAGAAGCCCUUGUUCUGAUGGGAACUAAGGCAAACUUGGUAACGCCGAGAAAUGGAGAGCCCCUCAUUGCCGCGAUUCAGGAUUUCCUGACAGGUGCCUAUCUCCUCACUCUAAAAGACACUUUUUUUGACCGCGCUAAAACUUGCCAGAUCAUUGCUUCCAUUCUGGUUGGCAAGGAUGAAAAAAUCAAAGUCCACCUUCCACCUCCGGCAAUUCUCAAGCCGGUCACCUUGUGGACAGGGAAACAGGUCUUCAGCGUCAUUCUCAAGCCCGGCAACAGCUGCCCGGUCAAGGCCAACCUCCGCACCAAGGGCAAGCAGUACUGCGGCAAGGGAGAAGACCUGUGCAGCAACGAUUCCUAUGUUACGAUCCACAACAGUGAACUGAUGUCUGGCAGCAUGGACAAAGGCACUCUCGGGUCUGGGUCCAAGAACAACAUCUUCUACAUUUUGCUGAGAGACUGGGGGCAAGUGGAAGCCGCUGAUGCCAUGUCCCGCCUCGCCAGGCUGGCUCCUGUCUACCUGUCCAACCGAGGUUUCUCUAUCGGCAUCGGUGAUGUCACCCCGGGGCAGGGGCUGCUGAAGGCAAAAUAUGAACUCCUGAAUGCUGGCUAUAAGAAGUGCGACGAGUACAUUGAAGCUCUGAACACUGGCAAGCUGCAACAGCAACCAGGCUGUACAGCAGAGGAGACCCUGGAGGCACUGAUUCUGAAGGAGCUGUCUGUGAUCCGAGACCAUGCUGGCAGCGCCUGCCUCCGAGAACUGGACAAGAGUAACAGCCCCCUCACCAUGGCCCUCUGCGGUUCCAAAGGGUCCUUCAUUAACAUAUCUCAGAUGAUCGCCUGUGUCGGGCAGCAGGCCAUCAGUGGGUCCCGAGUGCCAGACGGCUUUGAGGACAGGUCCUUGCCCCACUUCGAGAAGCAUUCCAAGCUUCCGGCAGCUAAAGGCUUCGUUGCCAACAGCUUCUAUUCUGGCUUAACGCCCACAGAGUUUUUCUUCCACACGAUGGCUGGCCGUGAGGGUCUGGUUGACACAGCUGUGAAAACAGCUGAAACGGGAUACAUGCAGAGGCGACUGGUGAAGUCCCUUGAAGAUCUGUGCUCCCAGUACGACUUGACUGUUAGGAGUUCCACCGGGGACAUCAUCCAGUUCAUUUAUGGUGGGGAUGGAUUAGAUCCUGCGGCCAUGGAAGGCAAAGAUGAACCUCUGGAAUUCAAGCGAGUCCUGGAUAAUAUCCGAGCCGUUUUUCCCAGCCGAAGUGAACCAGCCCUUAGUAAAAACGAACUGGUCCUGACUUCUGAAUCCAUCAUGAAGAAGAAUGAAUUCCUCUGCUGCCGAGACAGCUUCUUGCAGGAGAUCAAGAAAUUCAUCAAAAGCAUGUCUGAAAAGAUCAAGAAAACCAGAGACAAGUAUGGCAUUAAUGACAACGACACCACCGAGCCCCGCGUCUUGUACCAGUUGGACCGGAUUACCCCAACCCAGCUGGAGAAGUUCCUGGAAACCUGUCGAGAGAAGUACAUGAGGGCACAGAUGGAACCCGGCUCAGCUGUGGGAGCUCUGUGUGCCCAGAGCAUUGGGGAGCCAGGCACACAGAUGACCCUGAAGACCUUCCACUUUGCUGGCGUUGCCUCCAUGAACAUCACCUUGGGCGUGCCGAGGAUCAAAGAGAUCAUCAACGCUUCCAAAGCAAUCAGCACACCAAUCAUCACUGCACACCUUGACACGGACGACGACCCAGACUUUGCCCGUUUGGUGAAAGGGCGCAUUGAGAAGACAUUGCUGGGAGAGGAGGCUGACCUGAAGGAUUUUUCCUUCCAGACCAUUUCUUCAAUCUGCGUCAUAUGGCUUUCCUUGGAAGCCCGGAUUAGGCUGCUGAGACUGGAAGUUAAUGCAGAGACAGUGCGGUACUCCAUUUGCAUCUCCAAGCUGCGGGUGAAACCAGGGGAUGUAGCGGUGCAUGGGGAAGCCAUUGUGUGCGUUACUCCCCGAGAGAACAGCAAGAGCUCCAUGUACUAUGUCCUGCAGUACCUGAAGGAAGAGCUACCCAAGGUGGUGGUACAGGGUAUCCCGGAAGUCUCUACAGCGCGUCAUUCUGUAAUUGAAAUUAGGCAGAGCUGGAAAGAGAAAUUACAAAUUAUAGAUGAAGCGACAACCUCUACGAAGACGAUCAUGGCCACGCAUGGAGUCAAAGGGACCAGGACAACUUCGAACAACACCUACGAGGUUGAGAAAACCCUGGGCAUUGAGGCUGCUCGCACCACCAUCAUUAAUGAGAUCCAGUACACAAUGGUCAACCACGGGAUGAGCAUUGACCGGAGGCAUGUGAUGUUGCUGUCAGACCUGAUGACGUACAAGGGUGAAGUUCUGGGCAUCACUAGGUUUGGACUGGCCAAAAUGAAGGAGAGCGUCUUGAUGCUUGCCUCUUUUGAAAAGACGGCGGACCACCUUUUUGACGCUGCCUACUUUGGGCAGAAGGACUCGGUUUGCGGAGUCUCGGAGUGCAUCAUCAUGGGCAUCCCCAUGAACAUAGGAACAGGACUUUUCAAGCUACUGCACAGAGCUGAUAAGGAUGCCAACCCCCUGAGGAGGCCUCUGAUCUUUGAUAACCCGGACUUCCAUCUUCCCCUCGCCACAUAGCAUCUGGUUGGCAGGUUGAAACAGGAUGAUAUUUGCUCCGUGCCUCUCUGAAUAGAGUUUGGGAGGCUGGAGGAAGGAGAGAGAGAGCACAGAGUGGGCAAGUGAUACCCUCAUCCCCCAAUUUUCUUUUCUAAGCUGCAUCCAAAGUGAUCUUCGCUCAGUGGCAUUUGUUUCCUAGAAAGCAAAAAAAAAAUUCCAUACCAAAUUGAAAAGUUGUUAACAUGGAUUAUGGGACCUCUACAUGUUCAUGGACGAGAAUGAGCACAACAAACUGACAAGGACAGUAAUCAGAAGAACGUUUCUUGCCUCCCAAUCUGUUGAGAGCAUACAGACUGAUUCCUGGUUUAAUGUAUCGUUGAAGGCUUUCAUGGCCAGAAUCACUAGGGUGUUGUUGGGCUUCCAGCCUGUAUGGCUGUGUUCCAGUAGCAUUUUCUCUCUAGAUGCAGGUGAAACGUCAGGAGAAAAUGCUACUGGAACAUGGCCAAACAGCCCAGAAACCCCAUAACACCCCAGUGAUUCCUGGUUUGAUCUGUAUGGGCUAGUGGAGACAAAUGGCAAGCAACCACCACCCCGCCCACCAUCUCCCCCCUGCAAUGUAUCACCUCCUUGUUUUAAGCAAGAAUACUAAAGUUUUCCCCGGGUGGUGAUUUUUUUGAGAUUCAACGCCCACCUUGCCAAAAAACGUGUGAUCUGGGAGCCAUUUGUGUGUAUGGAACCAUCUCCGUGUAGAUUCAUUCACAGAGCGAUUAAGAGCCAACAUGGCCACACAUACUGAAUGGCCCCAUUAUGGUGUUCAGCCAAGAAAAGCAUUGUCACCAGCUGACAUAGGAAGUACCAGUCCGUUGUGUUUAUAGACACUCUUGGAACCUGUGAAAACCAGCACGAAUCCUUGAUGAACGCUACAAAAGUUUAGAAGACCAGGAAACAGCAACAUUCAUUUUGUUUCAAGCUAAUCUGUGUUCAGCAGACUGAGAUGAUAAUAGCCAAUAUAUUGGCAAUGUCCCUCUUGGCAUGUGACCUUUCAUGGUGUUUAGUGGGAGGUGUUUAGGUGCUGUCACUGUCUGUUGCGUUGACCUGUCACCCAAUUCCAAAUGGUUCUGGAAGCCAGAAAUGAGGCUCUUGUCCUUCCUUUCCUGAACUUGAGAAAAGUUACAUAGCUUGGGAAAACCUUUCCUUUUUGUAUGCUGCUGAUAUGGAUCAAGAGACUCGUCAAGAUGUAAGUUAUGGAAGCAAGAGCCAUCUUAAAAUACGUUGUAAAUAUCCUGUAAUAAAGUUUACUAAUUUAAACAUA